AUGGACUCCAAUGAAAUGUUUAUGCUUCUCUCCCAGUUUCACUGGCCGGAACAGGACGAGGUCUCUCCACUACAAUUCGUCCACCCCUCAAUCAGCAGCGACGCUCAUCCUGCCAAGCAAUCAAUUGAUCAUAAUUCAUUGUGCCCUGAAGAGUCUAUCUAUCAUAGACCUGAAGCCAUGUUAAACAGUAACGAGUUGGCGCACGACGUUUUCCCUCCUCCAUAUCCUUCACAGAGCGGCACGGCCUCGUCCUCACCAAGGCAGACGUCCCAGCGCAACAAGUACUGUCACCUUGACUGGGACGCUCAGCAUGAAACAUUGAAGAGGCUAUAUCUGACAGAAAAUAAGACCCUUUCGGAGACGAUGCGCUUAAUGAAGGACAGCUACGGCUUCAAUGCCUCAAUGAAGCUAUACAAAGAUCGCUUUCGUCAGUGGAACUGGAGCAAGAAUCUUCCCACAGAUGUGGCUGGAUUCAUGGCUACAAAGCUUAAGCGCCGCCAGCAGUCUGGCCUCGAAACUAUCUUCACUUACGGCGAGAGAGAAUGGGACAAGGAUCGUAUAGAGUCAACUCUCAGACGGAACAUUGGCACGCCAGAGGGAGUGACAUGCUGCACGCCACCCCCGUUUCCCAUAGGCAAUGCAGAGCUGCCGCCUUCAAGAAAUUCGACUAUUGAGGAACCCGUGAUGGAAGACAGAAAUACUGAGCUUCCUAGUGCUGAUCAACCUCCAUUGCUGUCUUGGAACGGGAUGACGAGAACCGAUGUUCUCAGGCUUCAGGAAAGUAGCCGUGCCGCCGCCGCUAAUGGCCAAGUCAAAGCUGCAAUAAGGAUGCUCUUGCGCGCCCUUGAGGGAAUGAGACACUUGAGCGGUGUGAUUCAAGAAGUCUCCAACAGCAUAGCUUAUGAACUGGCGACUCUCUACUUCCAGGAGGGCUCACAAAGAGAAGCCGACGCAGUCCUAGAUGAGAUCACACGCCUCCAUUUCCAAAAGUUGGGGUCCCAGCAUAAGCGAACCAGAAAGCAUAUUCUUGCCUCUGUUGAGCUUCUAGAUUCCUGGGAUCGUCAUGAUGACGCACUGGGGCUUUUGGCUCACUCGGAUGAGAUAUUACAGUACCACGGGGGUGUCCAGCAGCCAAAUCCCUACAGAGCAGAGACGGACACUCACAGUGAUCCAUCCCUGGUAUCUGAUCUUGUGAGCGAUGACUCUCCUUCUCUUCGUAACGACGCAAACAUCGACCAGUCCCCCAGUAUACCGCAUCACGACGUUGAUGCCAAUAACGAGGCGAUUGGGAAGCUGCUUCUUCGAAUUAUACAAUAUUGCAAAAGGAGUCCUCACCAUCUUAAUAUCCGAUAUCUACAGGGAUAUAGAGACCUUAUGGGUUUAUAUAGGAAAAUGGGCGACAUUGACUCACACCAAAAUAUCUUUCAGCUGGCGGCUGCUGCUACAUCCACCGUGUUGGACCUCUACUUGCGAUACGAGCAACCACCCGAAUCAUCGUAA